ACCAAGUUUGAAAUGAAAAUGCUUGAAGACAUGUCAGAGUUAUGUUUGAUAGUAAGGAAAUAUUUUUAUAGGUCACCGGUGUCUGACUUCUGGCGAUGUCUGUAGACAGAGACCCGAACGAAAAUGAUCGGGGUCCGAGCGGCGCUGAAGUCCUCGCGUCAUUAAUCACAGACGCUUUGGAGAAAGCUAAACUGGGGAAAACUAAAGAUUAUGAUCUGUUGGUUCAGAAACUUGCUGACCCUGGAAUCAAGGAAGUCCACUUGCAGAGAUAUCUUAUGGCAUUAACAACUUGUGUUUCUCAUCUCACAAAGCAGUAUGAUACACUAGUUGGUGCAGUUCUGAAUACCAGAUGGGCACUAUGUGGUGAGAAAACAGUGGAAGAAUUUAUUGAAUUCCUGACAAGCCUUGUGUCUGCCCAGACAUAUUACUUAAGAGCAUGCCUUAAUAUGAUUGUCAAGCUCUUUAUUCCAUCCAUUUUUCGAGAUGUGCAAGUAGAAAAAGGUGAUUCUGAAGUUUCUGAGAAAAUAUUUUGUAAUGCCCAUGAAGCCCUUCAUGCUAUCCAUCAAGUGGUUCCAGCAGUUCCACAGUUUUUGAUAUCUGUACUGUCAGAAAAUUUUCCAUUUGUGAGAAAACCUACGAUAUUUCAGGAAAGUUAUGUGAAGAACCUUCUUCAGGCUACAAAAUACCUCCCUAGCCUCAGAGCAAACAUUCUGGAACUGAUCAUUGACAAUCUUACUAAGAUUGAUGUAGCAGUUCCUAAGCAUGAACUUGAACAUCAUGAAACUACUCCUGAAGAAGAAGAUCCUACGCAGUUUGAAGUGGAAAUGGAUGCCACCAACAUUGCAGUGGAAGAUAGUGGUGAAGGACAAGAAGUAAACUGUAUGGGAAAUGAAAUGGCAGACAGGCUGGACAUUUUGAUGGAAAUCUUGUUCAAGUACAUUCAUGAAGUUACCCACAUGGAUGGAGAGUAUAUAGUUGAUGGUGGUAUUGAAUUGUUCAAUGAGUUACUGGUGAUUUUUGACAAAGUCAUCCUCCCUACACAUGCAUCAUGCCAUAUUCAGUUCAUAAUGUUUCUACUCUGCAGCUUUGAUCAGUAUUUUUCCAAUUCCCUUCUUGAUGUUUGCUGGAAGAAGAUUGAGGAACCUAAUACCCCAGCUAUCAUCAGACAGGCUAGUGCAGCUUACAUUGCAAGUUUUACAGCCAGGGCUAAAUACAUUCCCAUUAGUACAGUGCAAACUUGUCUGGACCUUAUUGUGCACUGGAUUCACUGCUAUAUUGACACUCAUGAUGCAAGCUGUGUAACACCUGAUGCUGGUAAAUAUGGCCCGUUUUACUCAGUUUGUCAGGCACUUUUCUACAUGUUUGUAUUUCGCCACAAACAGUUGCUUGAACUUGAAGGAGGACUGAAGUACAUAAGAAGACUUAACCUGGACAGAAUUGUAACUUGCCGCAUGAAUCCACUCAGGGUUUGCUUACCAAGCAUUGUUAAAUUGUUUGCAUAUAUCACAAGACAUUACGAGCUGGUUUUUUGCUAUACAAUUAUUGAACAAAACAACAGAAUGAUGUUGCCAGUGGCAACAACAGCAUCCAGCCAUGCAGUGAGGAGUUUGUCUUUCCAGAACCAGUUAGAUUCUUAUUUUCCUUUUGAUCCUUACCUUUUGAAAAGAUCGUCAAAGUUUAUCAAGCCACUCUAUCAUGAAUGGAAGGAAUUGGAACACGAUGCAGAUGAUGACGAUGAUGAUGAAGAAGAAGAUGAUCAAAGGAAACAUUCAGAAACAUAUGAUGAAGGAGAAGAUUACUUGGAUAGCUGCAGCAGCCCAGAUGGCAUUGUACCAGGUUUUACACCUGACACGCACAUGUGUGUGUCACCUGGGUUCACAGUUUCUCCCAGAAGAUAGCAGUCACAGUAUUGUAACAACAUAUGCUGUUAUAAACCUUGUACUAGGUUUUACUCCUAACACACUCACGUCUGUCACCUGGGUUCUCAGCAUCUUCCAGAAGAUAGCACCCACAGCAUUUCAACAACAAAUGCUGCUUAAAUCUCACCCUUGCAAUCAUGCGAUGUUGCUGUCAAGUACUGGCAGGAGGGACCACCAUGUAACACUUCAGUUUGUUGAUACAAAUGCAUGAGGCAGAACUGUAAGUCUUAUCUUCCAGUUACUAAACCCAUGCUGAAACUAGUCAGGUUUCCUUACCAUAAUCUGAGUACUGUUCAUAGUUGAGGACUAUACAUGACCCUUAGCCAGCUGUUAAAUAUGUAUGUCCAGUGUAAGAUUUCAAUUCUAAUUAACUAAUGAAAUGUACUGAUUUCCAUAGAGAGGAAACUUUCCCACAGACUUUGCUCCACAGUUAUUUGUAAUCCUGGUUUAGAACCAUGGAAUCUAGAAUUUUAGAUGUUAAUUUCUAAUAAAUAAAUGCAUCUACAAAUUGGUUUUCUUGU